AUGGAGUUUAAAAAAGCAAAAGUUGUCGUAGGAGGCGAUUCCGGUGUUGGUAAAACAGCUCUGGUACACUUAAUAUGCAAUCGACAGACUCUUCUUCAUCCUUCGUACACAAUUGGUUGUAGUGUGGAUAUAAAAAUUCAUUUGUAUAAUAGUGAUCCCGAAAAGGAGCAUCCAUAUUUUAUUGAAUUAUGGGAUAUUGGUGGAUCAAAGAGUCAUGAAAAUACUCGUUCAAUCUUUUAUCAAAAUUUACACGGACUAAUAUUAGUCUACGAUUGUACAAAUAAGAAAUCACAAUUGAAUCUAAGAAAAUGGUUGUCUGAUGUAUUAAGGAAACCAGUUUUAAAGAGGCUGGAGACAGAUAUUGGAGGAGUAACAGCGGCAGCAGAUGGUAUCGCUAGUACUAUUACUACUAGUAGUAGUUAUUGUGGCGGUGUAAGUAGUGAAAAAUAUGGUAAUCUAAAAGCAAAUAUAACAAAUCAAAUGACCAGUCAUCUGCCUAUCUUAAAUACAGAAACUUUGGUCAGUCGAUCUUUCACAUCUUCAUCAGAAUCACAAACAAGUAACAAUAAUCAGCAUAAUUUAAACUAUUUAACUAACACGGUCUGUCCACCUAUUCUUGUUAUCGGUACAAAACUCGAUUUACUUAGUUCACAUAGUCGACGGUCUUUGGAUAAAUUCACAUCACGUUUUAAUCCAUCUACGUUGCCGUAUGUCCAUCAAAAUGAAUUACAAUCAGUUGGUAAUUAUCAUCCAUGUGUUCCAAUGACGCCUAGAUCAUGUAUAUCGUCUGUUCAGUUUCUUGAAAACACCACACCAUCAACAACAACGUCAUUAUUGUCAUCUUCAACAUCAUGGGACUUAACAUAUCGUAAUAAUUACGCAAAUGGCAGUGUUGAUGAUCGCGAACCAAAAAGUUUAAUGCCACAAUCAUUGUCAUCGUCAACAAGGCAACAAAGUGUAUAUAUUGAUUUAAGCGAUAGUCAAAGACUUUCAUCAUCUUCAUCGUCGUCAUUGCUGGCUUCACCAACAAAAGACAAAACAUGGAAUUUCGCUACAGAACAUGGAUUUUCAGAAAUUCUACUAAAUUGUAAUUCGGUCAGUAGUAUAAGUCCUGGGAGUCCACAAGAUCUUCUGUUGGAUCGAUUUUUUGAUGAGGUAAUCAAUUACAAAGUGUUUUCCAUGUCAAUGAAUUGUAAUUUAUCACCUGAUCUAUCCCGAGUUAAACGACGUCCAGUUGAUUCACGCAACCAUGCGUUUAAAUACAAUUGA